CGGAGUAAAUAUCAUUGCGUGGCGCAGAAAGGUUACACGAGGUUCUCUUCGGUGAAAUUUGUACUAUUUUCAGCUGGUUUGGUCGUGUUUCACAGAGCAGUUUGGGUCAUAUUUCUGCCUUCUUUAAAUUGAUCUCAUGGCUGAGUCAAAUAAUGCCCAAAGUGCCGACGAAAACGGCAUCAAAGUCGCCCAGCCUAGCGAUAUAGUUUUGGACUUGAACGAAUCGAAAACGAAAGACGUUCGUAUCGUUAACGGUUCUGUGCAUUACACAGGCGAAGAAAUAGCAGCCAACGGAGAAGUAAGUGGCAGUUCUGGCAAGGAAGUCCAGCAAAACAGCGACGGAAUCGAGGGAAACAUGAACGGUCAUCAAAAUGGCGACUCAAAGAGCCCGGUUGGGAAUGAGGAAAUUGUGAAACUCGCUCCUGCCGAGUCGACGUGGACGGUACAAGCAGAAGGUGCUGUGAAGCUGUUAAAGGGAUCGACUGGAAGCAGAAGUUGUACCCCACUUACCGUCGUUCAGUGUGUCGAACGAGCUGUGCGUCAUGCCCCGACCAGGACAGCCCUUGCAGUCAAGCGAAACGGCGAAUGGCUGAAAUGGACCUACGCUGAGUAUUACGAAUCUAUACGAGCUGCGGCUAAGUCAUUCAUAAAGGUUCGUGAAAUACUUCCCUUUAUUGCUGUUGAAUUUAUAACAUAAUAACCGUCUUUCGAGAAGUGUUAUUGUUGUACGAAACUUAAAAGCACCUAAGACUGAAAGUUGUAUUGUCGAACAGCAACGCCAUUGUUCUUGAGAAGAUUGAUUUUAUUUAUCUUCGUUCCAUAUGAUUGGCAAAGGUGUUUGUCAUAUUUGAUCGGAAUAAUCGUGGCAUAAAAGUACAGGGAUUAUAGUUUUAUUUCUUACGUAGUUCUGGCUAGCUAAGUUUCUUGGGAAUUGUUUACCACGAGUAGGAGAAUUUAAUUAAUCUGAGAAUAUUGUUUUGUUUGCACCUUGAAGGAAUAUUUUUUGUGAAAUUAUGUUUUGUUUAGAAAGCUUCGUGUUUAUUGAGAAACCGUGCAAUGCAGCAAGAGUUUAAUCUUGUGAACUGUUAAUUUGAUUUUAUUUCGGUGUAUUUAUGUUCUUGAGGAAUUUGCUUCCUCUAAUCUUGUAUUUGCAUGUAUUAGAUCUGUAUUGGCCUGUUGAGGAGUGUAAAAUUUACAAGUUUAGCUCAUUUGGUGAUCAUUUAAAACAGUUAUUCAACAUAUUGAAAUUGGACUUUGUUUGGUGGUGCAAAGAUGACAAAGACCUAGCAAAAUAAAGAAAGAAAUCGAAACCUUUCACAUCACUGGUUUGUUGCGAUCAUAAAAUAUUGAAAAGUGGUUUAAAUUACAUGUGAAAAAAAUUGUCUAGACUGCCUGCAAACGCAGGUUCUUUGACAAGGUUAAUCGCGGCGAGUGAUUUGUCUGCUUUCCGCCACAGUACUGAACUAAACUAGUAUGUGGAUUGAAGUUAGCAUUGUCAUUUUGAUAAGUAGUAGUAAACAUUCAUCAUAUCUUUGAGUUACCCCUCAUCUUUACCAUUAAACUACGGAUAUUAUCAUAAGAAGGUAUCUGCUACAAUGUUCUUGUAGAUUUGGUUAAAGCAACCAGAGUAACUUAGCAACUUGUUUAUGUAUUUCCAUUUUUAACAUUGUUUUCUGCAAAGAGCUGUAUGCAAUGAUUUAAGUAUAAGGUUAUGAGGAAAGUAUGGUGUAACAGACAUAGGUUUGAAAGAUGAAAUGGAUGGUAACACUAGUUUGUUAUUUUUUUUAUACUUCUUUAACUAUGUUAUGACACAACACUGUAAGUAAUUGAAUAUCAAGUGUCUGAAAGGGAGAACUUUGCUGAUGAUUGAUCUGUGCCAUGGCUAGGGAUGUUAUGCCUGGUUUUUGAAACAUGUUAUGUAACUCCCUUGACCAUGAUAGGCAAAAUUCCAGGUUUGAUGUUCUGUACUUCUUAAAAUUUAUUUUCAAUUCAUUUACCAAUAGCUUGGUUUGGAGCGUUUUCAUGGAGUUGGGAUCAUUGGAUUUAACUCUCCAGAGUGGCUUAUCUCAGAUUUGGGGGCCAUUUUUGCAGGGUAAGAGUGUAAUGACUCUAGUUGUCUUCUUGAUAUGGUAAAUUGUUGUUGUAAGGAGAAAUUCUAUUUUGGUCACUUUUGGGAGUUUAAGGGUCAAACUUCAGAUAUGUUGUUGUGGGUGAAAAUUGAAAUGAAAAGAAAGCCCUGAGUUGCAAUUUGUAGCAAUUUACCAAUAAUAACAUUUUUCAUUUUCCAUCUCUAUCGACACAUUUAACACAACAGCUGUACCUUCUCAAAACAUUGUCUAGACAGGUUAUCAAAAUGCCUUGAAAGAUUACCAACAUGAAGAGGGUGUCAUGGAAAUGGCUGGAAAGUGACAAAUAUGUGACUAGCAUUAUAAAUUUUUUAUAGCAUUAUUAUCUACAAGUAACCUAAGUGUAUGCUUGGCAAUAGAAAAGAAAAGUCACAUAUAAAUACAUUGUUUGAGUGCUGUCCUCACAAAAAUAUUCUUGAAUAAAUUUUCUGAGGAAAAUAAUAAAUGUUUUCAAAGUCUUUAACCCCUAAUGCCCUAACACCAGUAUGCAUAUUCUUCAUUUAUAAACAUUUACUAAGGUGUUGACAAGGAGAAAGAGCUUCUUUAGUUAAUAAUCAUUUCUUCUUUUCGUGUGACCCUAAUGUAUGAUGUGGGGAGGCUAUUGUAAGGAGAAGUUAGAUAAUAGUCACUCUUAUGGAUCAAAGGGUUCAAACUUGAAGUGGACUCUAUUUAUUUUGAGCUUAAUGGAGACCUCAAAUAAUUGUGUAGGGGGUAUGGAUUCUUGAAUAUUUCUUACAUGUACAUGUACCUACUACCUGUCUUGUAGUCAUACUGACUACCAAUGAGUUGUUAGCCAAUUCACUUGAUCCAUCAAUCGUCCCUGCAAUUUUCUGAAUAUUACACUUUAUAGAUAAUCCUUCAGCCAGUCCUGUUGUUAACCCUUUAACUCCAAGAAGUGAUUAACAUGUCAUGUCUCCCUAUAAUGUCCGCAAGUUCUUCAGUAAAUGGGUACAGAGAAUACACAACCUUAUCAUUUAAAAGUUUUUGUCUUGAUCUAACACCAUAAUUUCUUAAUUAAUUCACAAGGAAAGUAAAACAGCUUGAGGGAAGAGUUAACAAUCAAAUCUUGGGAGUGAAAGGGUUGAUGUUAUUCUCCAGCUUUAUUUAUUUAUUUUUUUGCCUCUCAUCCCCUUGAACCCUCCCCCAUCAUUUGUGCAGUCACUUGCAGGAAUGUCUUUGAAUACUCUGACAAGGGUUAAUUAUGCCCAUAUCAUUUCAGAGUGUGCCUUUAUAAACUAUAUUUUUGAUUUCACAGAGGUCUAGCUGUUGGGAUUUACGCCACAAAUUCUCCUCAAGCAUGCCAUUAUGUUGCUGAAAAUUGUGAGGCUAAUGUCAUAGUUGUUGAGAAUAAACAUCAGCUGCACAAGAUACUUCAGGUGUGUAAAUUACUAUGUAACUGGUUCACAUUUAAAAUGAUGGACAUACAUGCUGGUAGCGGAUGUUUUUAUGGUAUGUUAAGCUAUACAGUUAUAUACGAUAUUAUAUAUAUCUCUUCUCACCAAAAGGUAUGCCUAUUUUUAUAUUAAGUAACAAAAAGAAAGAAUGAAGGGGAAAAAAAACAAAUAAAUAUAUAACAUUUUCUGUAUCCUUCUGAAGUUCAUCUCCUCUAGCUAUUUGAAAUGUGCAUUAAGUAUUCCAGUAAUUUAUUAUCUUCUUUGCCCAAAUUAGAUCUGGGACAAACUUCCCCAUCUGAAGGCUGUGGUUCAGUACAUUGGUGAGAUAGAAGGGGACAAGCCAUCUAAUGUGUACACAGUGAGUAAAAUGUGUUUUGGUACUUCUGAUUUAAAUGUAUAGUUCAUUAAGGCUUAGAUUAUUAGAUGACAUAAAUUAUUAUGGUUGUUAGUUCCUUAUUUUAUUUGAAAUGGUGUGAUUUAUUUGCACUUUUCUUUUAAAUUUCUAGUGGAAGGAAUUCAUGGAAGUUGGGAAAGGUGUUUCGGAUGAAACCCUUCAAGAAAGAAUGGAUGAGUUGGUGGCAAACAAAUGCUGCACACUUGUGUAUACUGUAAGUUUUGAUUUUUUACUUUUUCUUGACUCUCAAAUGUCUUGCAAACUGUUUAGCUGGUAAAUAAGACGGCAGGUUUUUUUAGGAACCAUUGUCCUGCUUUGGCUACAAAGAGAAAAACAAGAUAAGAUUUUCUUUGUAUGAACCUGUAGUGUGUCCUCAAGUCCUCAGUAGUUCAGAACUGAAGCACUGAUCACUUGAAAUCAACAGUCUGAGAUUUGAACCUUCAUGGGAACUUGUACCUUUUUUUGGUGUGUAAAGCCAUGCAUCAGAAAUAACAUCUUUCUUUACACUCUCCUGAGUUAUUUAUCUGUGGCUGGUAUCAUGUAAUGCAUUUCUGUUACUACUUGUACAGUCUGGAACCACUGGAAAUCCCAAAGGUGUCAUGCUGUCACAUGAUAAUGUAAGUAACUGUUUUGGAACUUAAUUUUGAACAUUGUGUUCCUGUAUUAGGAAUAGGCUUUCAUUUUUCCCUUCAUUAUGUACAUCAGUUUAAAAUUAAGGGGAAAAUUUUCUGGAGUUACGAGAGGGUUUCUUUUAAUGGGAUUUGGCUGUCUUGUUUAUAUAUGGUAUGCUAAAAGGUAAUGUGUUGAACAAUGAAGUUACAGAAUACAAGUCGUUGGCAAAGUUAAUGGCACUAUUGUGAGUCUCCUAUAUCAAAUAGAUAAAAUAGAAAAAAAAGAGAGAAAGAAGAAAGAAGAGAAAAAUGGAAGACAUAAACUUCUAUACUUUGUAGGGUUGUUUCUGUGUUGUCAGCAUAGCAAAGUAUGGUUUAGUUUUCCCAGACAGUAAGUUGAAGGGCUGUAAGAAUGGUAAACUAGUUUGAUGUGUUUGUGAUGUUGAAAUACAGUGUAAUGACAGGAUAAAAGUGGAGUUUACUGAUCUGAAAGUACUCCAAGGUUUGGCGUAUCUUUCCUGUGUACUAUGAUCUAUUGUGGCUCCACUACAUGCAGCUUGACUUUGUUCAAUAUUUUCUCUCAGUUAACUUGGACAGGAGAGGCAGCUUCAAAGUUUGUGGGUAUCGGAGAGAAGGACAUAGAACAAGUGAUCAGUUACCUUCCACUCAGUCACAUUGCUGCACAGGUAUUUUAUGGCCGAAUUAAUGAACUUAGAUUGAACACUAAUUUACAAAUGUAGAAUAGACUCCCUACAGCAAAUGUCAACAACCACCUGCACUAUUCAAAGGACUUACUCGGAACAUUUACAUGAAAAACAAUUCAACCACUAUGACCUAAGUUUUGUGGGAAUCUAAAUCAUAACCAGCUUGUCCCACCUGAGUCUUGCAGCUAAUUACAUCGCUGCAAAACUGACCAAUCAGCAAAUUACAUCACUGGAAGACUGACCAAUCAGCCAUGAACCAGGCCUUAAGAAAAACUUGACUGACGAACAACUCUUCACUUGACUUUGGCAAUGACCUCUGCAAAGAUUAUUGAAAUGUCAGUCAUUACCACUGUCAACAGUCCUUCCCAGGACUUCUCUCACCCACCUGAACAAACUACAUGUUGAUUAGAUUGAACAAUAGAUGAAAAAGGGUUGCAGGAUUAUUAUCAUGUUUUAGCAGGGUUUAUUACAGGAAGACUCUCUAUUAAAGAACAGUUAAUUCUAGGUUCAAACCCCAAGACUGUACUUAAAACACUGGCAGUUAAAAGUGUCUGUCAGUUGUUCCAAUAAAUGUGAAAUUCAACAGGUCAACAACCUCAUAAAAUAAUAAUAUCUUAUGAGAUAAAUAAUAUUCAUAAUUAAUAUUUUCAGAUGUUGGAUAUUUUCAUGCCACUUUAUUCUGUUGCUACUGUGUGGUUUGCACAGCCAGAUGCACUGAAGGUAAAUGUUAAUUUUACAGUAUGGUGUUAGGAAAGAAAAUACAACUUAAAAUUGUCAAUACAAUGUGGAAUUGUCCCAAGUAUAUAUUCAUUACUGAGUGAGGCAGUUAAUUGUUGCUUGCACUUUGUUCUCUGAAUGUUAAUGAGUUUGUGUUGGCAAGAAUCUUACUAUGUCUUCUUCAGUCUCCAGACUGUGUAACAUUUAUUUAUCAUGUCAAAGACAUGCAAUAUGUUCCUUCGCUUGAGAGUGUCUCUCUUUAGCAGUAGGAAAUUGGGCUGGAAACUUCAAUUAUGAAAAAAUUUUUGAUAGGUGACUGGCUUCUUGUCUCACUGUCAACAAUAGAGUUAAGGAAUUUGUGAUUUCAACUGAAAAUCCAUUGUUUGACAAAGCAAGCUUGAUGGUUAAUGCUACAUUAUGAGAGAAAGUGGAGAGCAACAGUCUGAUUGAUGUGAUUGCAUUUUAGCAAACCUGAUUUACAGGAACUUGAAUCUUCUGUGCUGUUCACUAGUUAAUAUUGAUAUGCGCCUUCUUGCAUUGUAACAAUGCUUUUGAAUAUGCAAUUCUGCAGGGUACACUCUCACAGACCUUACGAGAAGUCAGGCCAACUUUGAUAUUUGGAGUCCCAAGGUUAGUCAGAUAAUUAAAUCAAUUAAUGUGAAGUAGUGUUUGUAAAGAUUCACUUUUUGAUAGAACAGUGCGAGACACAGCUUAGUAGCCCCUAAAUUGAAUUCUUGAAAUACUAUUGGCCAGUUUGAUAUGGCUGAAAAUCUUUUUGUGGGUGAUAAGGUAUGAUACAUGAAGAUAAAAGUAGCCUAAAUAUUUUCUCCAACAGAGUGUAUGAAAAGAUCAUGGAAAAAAUGAAAGAAAUUGGACAAACAGUGACAGGCUUGAAGAGGAAGGUGGCUAAUUGGGCUAAGGGUGUAGCUUUGCAAGGAAACAUGAACCUUGAAAAUGGGUAUGUAUACAUUUUAUGUAUGACCUUGAUAUCAAAACUUUGACAACAUGUAUGCUUGGGCUCACUCAUAAUAAUAUACAUGUAUUUACCACUAAGAUAUUUUAAGGAGGGUUUCCCUUUGGUUGUCACAAAGUAUUAUACAUUAAGUGAUUUAAAAGAUUGACAAUUUUUCUCCUUUACAUUAAUUUCUGUUGUAGGGAUAUGAAUUGCAAUACUUGCUGUGUGUGCAUGUAACAUUGAUAUUUAUGGAAAUUCAAUAUAACUUGAAUCCCAUAAGGAUUACUACCACCAAAGAAAAACACAUUUCAUGAAGUGGCCACACAGUCAAAAUUGUCAUAAAAGGAAAUCAAAUAAAAGCUUUCUGAUUGUUCUUUUGGGCACAGGAAAUUACAGAAGUUAUCUUACCAGUUGGUCAAGUAUUGUCAGUGUUGUCAGACUGCAGGGUUGUUUUAUUUUCAAAUAGUAAAUGAACUUUUGCUUUUUUUUUUCUUUUCAGUCAGUCAGUUCCAUUUGGUUGGACUCUAGCCAAUAACCUGGUACUGAAAAAGGUACUUCACAUGAUUGCCACUUUAAAAACUUUGCCACUUUUUGUUGAGCCCAGUUUGUAUAGCGCUGACUUCAUUUGUCGUAUCCUAUCAUAACUGAAGAUAUGGAAAUGAUACAAGACAUCCACUUGUAGGGAAGAAAUACAUUAAAGGAGAUGAAAGAAAAAAACAGAUGAACGAGGACGACAAAGGAGGGACAAGAUUUACGUUAACAUCUUCAAAAAAAAAACAAACAAGAAAAAUUAGAUUAAGUUUGUCUUAAAGAUGCAGCUCGUUUUUCACUCACAAAUAAUUAAUUGUCCUCGUUGAGUGACAAACGUUUGUUAUGAUUUUAGCCUGUUGAAAUGAUUGAUUUUUCUCUGUCUUCUCAUCACUCUUAUGCUUUCAACUUAUCAAUAUUUUAAGGGAAAAAAAUCUCAUUGUUCACUAAUGGAAGUGAAAGGGAUCCUCCAAUCUCUCAUUUUCUUUCUUCGUUAAUCAGAUCCGCCUAGCCCUGGGACUAGACAGGUGCAGACUGUGUGUAGUCGGUGCCGCUCCUGUUACUUUGGAAACCAUUCGUUACUUUCAGAGUAUUAACAUUCCUCUGUUCGAGCUGUACGGAAUGAGCGAGAGUACUGGUCCCGCAACCAUAUCUAUCCCAGGCUGUGUCAAGGCUGGAAGCUGUGGUGUGGCUUUUGACGGAGUGGAGGUUAAAAUCCACAAUAAAGACGAGGAAGGAAACGGCGAGGUGAGCUUAAAUACUAUAGGCUGGACAGUCUUGAGUAAGCGACACCAACGCUCUCACACGCCUUUUACCAAUUAAUCAAAACUAUGACAAAAUUUGAGAAAGAAACUAGGAAUCGGUUAUACGUUUUCAUGACAAAAACGACAGUUAACUCGGCGAAUUGCGAGACAACAGCGCGCGCACUUGACGCGUUCUGUCCACUUGCUCAGGCAUGAGGUUUUAUCUGUUCCUCUCACUGUCCAAUUACAGGUAUGACGCGCACUCUGUCCUAUUAGUGCUAAUCGGGCCGGUGAUAACCAAUCGCGUUCGAGAAUUUUGUUAUAAUUUUGAUUACUGCUUAUAUAGUCGGGCCAAUUAUAUGAUGAGCUAGUUGAAAAUUUAUGCCAUUACCGUCUGAGGUCGCGGCAAAUGAAAUCUUCUAGUUUAUGUGUUGCAGGCUAAAUUCCACAGGAAAAUUUAUUGCUAAUAACAAAAAACAAUUUUCUCAGCGAGUUUCAUGAUGUGAAUGUUUCUUCCCUUACGUCUUCCUGUUUUCAUCGUCAGGUGUGCCUCAGGGGACGUCAUGUUUUCAUGGGAUACCUGAAGAACGAAGAGAAGACUCACGAAACCAUGGAUGAAGAAGGAUGGCUUCACUCAGGAGAUAUCGGAAAAGUUGACAAGGUGGAUGUUCUUCAUUAAAUCAAGAAACGAUUGUCUAUGUUGGAACGUUAUGCACUCAAGGUUAAUAGGGAGUAAUAUUACGUAAAGGAAGUGGGUAUUUGUCUUGAAACUGCCGAUCGUGAAGUCUCAUUUUUUUGCAUUAUCACACUUCGGUAACUGAUAGUCGUAAAUGGACUCAGCUGUCAGAUGAAUUAUGCACGUAGUGAAACUUGAUGGUAAGGUAAACUGUGGUCUAUGCCCUUUGUCGCCCGAACAGAAUACUUUUAACUAAACGAAAGUUCACCUUCCAUCAUUUUAAAGGGGGAGGCGGUGGGGAGAGAGAGAGAGAGGGGAUGCUAUUUCUGCGAUCUUUUCCCACACCUUUGUUUUCUGAUGUCGACCCUCUUUAUUUCAAUUUAGGCUGGGCAACUGUACAUUACUGGACGAAUCAAAGGUAAUUUAUACUUCCUUCUGGGCUGAAUUUUAAUGAGUCCUUAUUAUUAUUAUUAUUAUUAUUAUUAUUAUUAUUAUUAUUAUUAUCAUCACUAUUAUCAUUAUUUUUAUUUUUUAUUAUUAUUAUUAUUAUUAUUAUUAUUAUUAUUACACUUGUCAUUAUCAUUAUUUUUAUUAUUAUUAGUAAAUACAGUAUUAACAUUACAUCAUGCACCUUGCUCGCGCUUUGCGUUUCACGCUUCUUCUCCUCCCCAUUGAAAAAUGGGAAAAUAAUGCCUGUGCUGCACGCCAGCGGAGGUUCCAUUGUCUAAAAAAAUUUGUUCCUCAUUUUGUCUCCCACAGAGCUGAUUAUCACGGCUGGAGGUGAAAAUAUCCCACCAGUCCCAAUCGAGGAUGCUAUCAAGGAGGAGGUUCCUCUGAUCAGCAACGUCAUGGUUAUUGGAGACAAAAGGAAGUUUCUCUCUUGCUUAUUAACGCUCAAGGUAAAGAGGUUGAUUUUGAUUGGAUAAUAUAGUGGCACUCACCUUCCGAGUGCCAUGAAAAUCAUUAAUGGUAUACAUCCACAGCAAAUGGACAUUAAUGAUGCUAACGUUUAGAGCUCUUGUCGAUUGCUUGUUACAAAACAAAAAGCCAAGGUAACGACAGUGACCAAUAGAGCAGAGGAAAGAUCCUACGGCGCCAGUGAAAAGUCAUAUUAGAAACAAGCAAAUUGCCUAAGGGGUGGGAGAACGCUGGUCAUCAAGUUGCGAUUGGUUCGAGGCGUGCCAGUUUUCUUGACCAAUCACCGAGCAAAGUAAAGCAAGACCAAUGCAAUCCCGAAUUACAAAGAAUAUUAGGAAGAGUAAAGCGGCUUGAAAACUGAAUUACUAUUGCAGUAGAGAAGUGAAGUGGAAAAGAAGGGGACCGAAAAACCCUUUGCAUAAGGAAGACUGAAAAACUGAGAGCAACUACUACAUUACACCAAAUGUCGUUUGAGUGACCCAAUUUAGUUAGACAGAAUAGCUUGUAGAUUCAGUAUUAGCCAUCAUCAGUGUUUAACGUUGAUAUAAAUGUAGUAGUUGACUUUCUCAUGCAUUUUGCUAUUAGGUUGUUGUUGACGUAGAAACUGCCGAACCUUCUGACAAUCUCACCGAUGUUGCCCUCGAUUACUGUAAGUCCAUCGGCAGUCAAGCAAAAACUGUUUCCGAAAUUCUGUCGACCAAAGACGAGAAAGUAAUGAAAGCCAUCCAAGAGGGAAUUGAUCGAGCUAAUGCCAAGUCCACGUCGAGAGCUCAAAAGGUAUGGAACGAAAAACAGAGUUUCCAUGAGAGUUUUUGAAUAUAUAUUUGAUUUCGAAAAGAUGGCAGUGCAUAGAACAGUGUACUACAGUUAAUCUGUAAUCAUCUAUUGCAUUGAACCCUUUAAUUCCUAAGAGUGACUAGCAUCUAAUUUCUCCCAACAAUUUAACCCUGAAUUAAACUUAAAGUGCAUGAAAAUAGGCAAAGUGAACUCCAACUAAAGAAGCUCUCUGAAAUUCUCUUCGUCAGCACCUUAGGAUUUAUAUGGAGAACAGUAUGGAGAAUAUGCAUUCUGAUGUUAGGGUCUAAAGGGUUUAACUGGGGUUGUCUUUCAUUUUGACAGUUAAAAAGCACGACUAAAAGUAUAUUCGUUUGCAAUCACUUCCUUAAAAUUGUUCAUUUUAGGCUUGAUGUUGCAAGUCCUCUUGCGUUUGUGUAAACACGUCCAAUCCGAUAAUUCUUAUCUUAAAAUUUACUGUCUCUUGCAGGUGCAGAAGUGGCGCAUCUUGGAAAAAGACUUUUCCCUUCCAGGGGGAGAGUUGGGUAAGAAUUUGUUUGAAUAAUUAAGAAUGGUUUACUCUGGUCUCAAUUUAGCUCCGUCCUUGUUCUUUCACUCCAAAGGUCUGAGAGUCAACUCUCCCAUAUGAUGACCAUACCUUCCUUUGUUGGCCACUCCUGUAAAUUUUGUGUUUCAUGCAGGCGAUAGUCCCUCGUCGAUAAUUUUCGUAAUUCUCAGUACUCGUCUGUUUUACAGUAUAUUAAGAUUAAAUGGAGAAUUUGCAUCCUGAUCACUUCAAGAACUCUGACUGGCAAACUUUGAGAUUCGCUCGCUAACGUAACGGGAAAAAUGGCAUUGAAAGGGACGCUGUAAUAUCAUACGAGAUAUAGUUGAUAUUGAUUUGUUGACCCUAAUGUUAUAUUUGUACUUUAUUCUAGGUCCCACUCUGAAGCUGAGGCGGCCAAUUGUGAACAAAAUGUUCAAAGAUGAGAUCGACGGUUUCUACGAAGAAGCAUAAGAUCAAACCAGUAAAACAAGACACAUGAAUCUAGUGUAGAUAAAUGAUAUAAUGGAAUACAUUGGUAGCUGUGUACGAUUUCGACCUAAUAUAUUGUCGACCCCUUUUGUAUGGUAGUUUUGAACUUUGGUAAACGUGUUUGUUUGUAUAUUGAGGGAGAACAGGUGAUCAUUAUCCUUAUUAAAGGAGAGGCAAUCAUAACGGCGUAGAAAAGUGUAAAUCUUCAAAGGGGAUACGAAUAACUUGAGGGAGAUUAAUUAUAUAUAAAGAAACAUGACGCACAGUAAUUUAAUGCUUACAUUUUAAUCUAGUCAGGGGAUUGAAUUAUGAUCAGCACAUUGGAUUUGCGCUAAAAUUCAGCUCGAGUGUAGAGAAAAGGGGGGUCUUCCCCCCUCUCUACCCUCCUCUCACCACCCCCCCCGGCCCUACCCCGCCGUCACACCCAGGGAGCAGGUUAUGUCAAGGCUCUUUGAGAAUUGUUUAUAAAUGUAACAUUGUCGCUGUUAAUUGCCCUAAUUUUUGUAUUUAUUGCGGCAACUGUUCGGUGAUUAGCUAUGUUGGUAGAUUUAUUAGAAAACAACAAUUUUGUGUAUAAUUUCACGUACGUGUAAGUCUCAAUGUGCCUCAAAGCUGACCUUCGUAAGAUGCAAGGAAGAGAAUUCCUUCUUCCAGUGAGGUCAAGUAGAAGCCUCCUCCUGUAAAAAUAACGACGGCUAGAGAGGGUUUUCAGUUUAACGUUUAUCGCAGGGCGGCAGUUUCUGCCUUUACGUUUGACGAAAUAGAUUUGGUUAGUUUAAGCGUGAAAGAAACUUUCCCUCACCGUAUAGCUCCCAGAUAUGAUUCAAAUGUAAUUUACCCUUACAAACUUCGUACAUUAUCAAGCAAAGUCGACAAGAGUACACAAAAUUAUCACUCACAGGGUAUAGCUUGGUAUAAUACCAAAUUCUCCGCCUAAUUCACUAGGGAAUGUAUGAAAGUCGGAAGGGAGAAUUGCGAGUCAAAUCAAGGGAGUUAAAGGUUAAAAGAUCUGUAUUCUUAAUAGAUAAAACCUAUAGAGAUCUGUAUUAUUAGGGGAACUGUAUUGUUUGCUAAAGUAUUGCAGGAAAUUCUAAAUCUGAGAACCUAAAGACAGUUACUUCUCGUUACUGCAUAAGAAUUUACCAUGAAGUUACUUUUCUUUUGAGUUCAUAUGAAAUAUCUCUUCUGUAAGAUAACGUAUAAGUAUCUUGGUUCACAAAAAUCCUACUGACUAACAACUAAGCAAGGAUGUUUAGUAAUUUCGGGAAGAGAAACAUGUAAUGCGCUUUGGCGUCUUGCAAAACGAAGAAUAGGUAAUUUUUUAAAGGGAGACUGUUUGUCAUCUGUUUGUUGGGCGGAAACCAACUCAGUAGGAAUCCUGCAAUUAUUAGGCAUCCUUACUCCGUCUAGUUUCAAUUGAUUUUAGGUUUGUGCAGUAGUCGCGAACUACUGAAAUUAUAUUGUUUAUGUAAUCACAUGUAUCUAUCUAAGCUUAGUCGAAAUAUUGAGUAGUAAGUCACAUAAGUGUGAAACAAAGAGGGUCAUUGCGAAAAAUUCGAUUUCUAUUAAAAUCGCUAUCCAGAUGUUGCUCUGUCGUUUGAACGACUAUUGUCAAUCCUCGAUCCAGCGACCGUGCGCGUAUGUCGACCUUCACAGUAAAAACAUGAAUUCAUCAUUCCACCAUUACACCAUUUUACCGUAUUAAGGCAACGGAGCGCCAAAAAUAUGCGAAGACGGUUCAGCGCAAUAAAUGCAGACGGAAAGCGGUGCAUCAAAAUGGCUGAACAUAACGAUCAAACUUUUUAGGCUUGACUUUUUUGAGCCACGAAUUUUUAAGCAUGUCAAAUGUCAAAUUUUUUUGUUGGUCAGAGAACACUUAAAUGGUUCCGUGGAUGCGCACACUCCAUGUAAUCGGUACGUUGCUCAGAUGAGGUCGUAAUAUACAUCUCAAAGAUUUGAAACCAUAAUAUUACAAAAUGAAAUGAUAAUUGUAAAAGAGCGAAU